AUGACCCUCCGCCUUUCACAGGAGCUGCAACAACAGUCACAGGAGCUGCAACAACAGUCACAGGAGCUGCAACAGGAGAGACAGGAGCUGCAACAACAGUCACAGGAGCUGCAACAACAGUCACAGGAGCUGCAACAGCAGAGACAGGAGCUGCAACAGCAGAGACAGGAGCUGCAACAGCAGAGACAGGAGCUGCAACAACAGUCACAGGAGCUGCAACAGCAGAGACAGGAGCUGCAACAGCAGAGAAAGGAGCUGCAACAGCAGAGAAAGGAGCUGCAACAACAGUCACAGGAGCUGCAACAACAGUCACAGGAGCUGCAACAACAGUCUCAGGAGCUGCAACAGGAGAGACAGGAGCUGCAACAACAGUCACAGGAGCUGCAACAGCAGAGCCAGGAGCUGCAACAGCAGAGCCAGGAGCUGCAACAGCAGAGCCAGGAGCUGCAACAGCAGAGCCAGGAGCUGCAACAGCAGAGCCAGGAGCUGCAACAGCAGAGCCAGGAGCUGCAACAGCAGAGCCAGGAGCUGCAACAGCAGAGCCAGGAGCUGCAACAGCAGAGCCAGGAGCUGCAACAGCAGAGCCAGGAGCUGCAACAGCAGAGCCAGGAGCUGCAACAGCAGAGCCAGGAGCUGCAACAGCAGAGCCAGGAGCUGCAACAGCAGAGCCAGGAGCUGCAACAGCAGAGCCAGGAGCUGCAACAGCAGAGCCAGGAGCUGCAACAGCAGAGCCAGGAGCUGCAACAGCAGAGCCAGGAGCUGCAACAGCAGAGCCAGGAGCUGCAACAGCAGAGCCAGGAGCUGCAACAGCAGAGCCAGGAGCUGCAACAGCAGAGCCAGGAGCUGCAACAGCAGAGCCAGGAGCUGCAACAGCAGAGCCAGGAGCUGCAACAGCAGAGCCAGGAGCUGCAACAGCAGAGCCAGGAGCUGCAACAGCAGAGCCAGGAGCUGCAACAGCAGAGCCAGGAGCUGCAACAGCAGAGCCAGGAGCUGCAACAGCAGAGCCAGGAGCUGCAACAGCAGAGCCAGGAGCUGCAACAGCAGAGCCAGGAGCUGCAACAGCAGAGCCAGGAGCUGCAACAGCAGAGCCAGGAGCUGCAACAGCAGAGCCAGGAGCUGCAACAGCAGAGCCAGGAGCUGCAACAGCAGAGCCAGGAGCUGCAACAGCAGAGCCAGGAGCUGCAACAACAGAGCCAGGAGCUGCAACAACAGAGACAGGAGCUGCAACAGAAGACACAGUGUAGCUGCAACAACAGAGACAGGAGCUGCAACAGAAGACACAGUCUGCAACAGCAGAGACAGGAGCUACAACAGCAGAGACAGGAGCUGCAACAGCAGAGACAGGAGCUGCAACAGAAGACACAGUGUAGCUGCAACAGCAGAGACAGGAGCUGCAAUAGAGACAUUUCAAGAGUAGGACUGAGAAGAGACGAGAGUGAGGGGGGAUCUAUUGGUGCAAUGGGCGACCAGGAGCCGAAGUUCGUCUAG